AUGAAGGCCGUUGGGAAUCUUAGCGGCCUUCUUGCUGGGUCUAAGCCGGAUAGACGUCAAGGAUACCCUCAAAACCGAGUUUACUGGAGAUCAGGCAUGCAGGUGAAAACCCAGCCUGAAGCUACGGCUUCACAGUGCCAGGGGAAUGGUUUUAUGCCAGAGAACCAACAUCAUAACCCGUAUGUUGGACCACAGGCCUAUGGUCAGCAAGCUGGAGCUGCCAACGGUCUUCGGGACAUGAAUGGAAAUAUCUUGGCUCAUCUGUUCAGCAAGAUGGGAUUCCAGAAUCAACCAAAUGGAUCCAAGCCAUUUCCCGUCAAAGGCGGUAUGCCAAUGCAUCCUGGACCAAAUGUUGACGUUUCUGGUAUGCAACAUUACCCCCAUGGACAGUACAUGAUUGUUCCAAAUGGAUCCAUGUUCGGUGGUGUCCCUCCAGCACCGCAAUUUGGGCAGUUCCCACUGCGUGCUCCGGAUCAAGGUAGCUCCCUCCACUGUAUUCCUCCCACUUUUUACCCUGGCUUCCCAACCAACCCUCCAUUUUCUCCGGACUGUAUUUCUGGGUAUCCCUGGCCGUAUUUUCCAAAUGGAGAUUUCCCCAACCACGGAAAUAUGUCUCUUGAUCCACGGACUUCUGUUGACGAAAUUAAUGCAGGCAGUCCCCAUAUGGAUCUAUCUGGGCCACAGGAAUACUACCCUGGUGCUGCUCCAGCUGAUCGUCCUCCAGCUCCGGGUUACAUGUAUAAUACUCCAGCACCUCAGCCAUUCCUUCCUUAUCAGAUGAUGAAGAGCGGCUCGGGAUAUGUUCUCCAGGACCUCGAUGCACUGGUCAAACAGGAUCCUCCUAUCCCACGUGCAGUUCCCGCAAUGUGGACUAACCCUUCAGAUUUAACUUUGGCAAAGUGUCUAGGGAAUCGUGAAGGAAUCACCAACGUAUACAUUCGUGGAUUUCUCCCAGAGACUACAGAUGAAAUGUUGCAUAAUUAUGCAUCACGUUUUGGGAAAAUCGAUAGAUGCAAGGCCAUCAUUGACUUGGAGACUGGGUCAUGCAAAGGAUUUGGCUUUGUGCAGUUCUUCAGCUUCGAUGCAUGUGAAAAUUGCAUUCGUGGUUUCUUUCAUCUUGGCUACCAGGCAAGCUUUGCACAGAAAUCUCGCAACUCUCGACUUAAGGACCUUGAAGACAAGUCUUCAACAAAUGUUUAUUGCACCAAUGUCCCAAUUGACUGGGCUGAGUCGGACCUUCGCCGUCACUUUGAACCUUUCCAGGUUGUAUCCGAGAAAAUCAGCCGUGAUGAGAAGACUGGAGUUAGCAAGGAAGUCGGAUUUGCCAGAUUUGAGACUCGGGAAGUUGCUGAGCAGGUCGUCCAGCAGUUCCAUAACGUUGCUGGAAAAGACGGCGUGAAGCUCUUGCUGCGUUUCGCCGAUACCAAAGCUCAGAAGCAACUCAAAUAUCAAAGCAACGAACGCCGUGCAUACCGAGCGGGUGAAUAUAACUAUUCAGUUGAACUAGUUAACAGCGCCACUCCAUCUCCCAGCCUUCAUCGUCUGCAGCAGGCAGCCUCUCAUUUUAGUCCAGCUUCUCAAGGCAGUUUCCCUUCACCUCUAGGAGGUGUUGGACAAGUUUGGACCCCAGCAACGUCCAUUUCUCCACCGUAA